CGGCACACGCUCACUCCCAGUGUCUGCGCGACCGUUCACCACUGUGGUAUCCAGGAAGUUUUCCUUACCCCAUUAAAAAAAUUGAGUACCAUAUAUUUCAACCACCGCGACAAUUAAAAAAACAAAAAAACAAUUCCUGAUCACCAAAACCCACCAAAAACCUUCAGUCCCUGUCAUUCACCCCUCGUGAACGCUCCGACCAGUGACAUCAGCGAAUAAUCCUGAUAACAAUAAUAAUAAUGAUGAAAAAACCAUCAAAGUACAAAUAGCUCAGGCGAAAGUGCGAGAACGAGUUAUAUUGGAGAAAAGAGACAAAGAGUGAAUAAAGAAAGAGACGAUAAAAAAAAAUAAAUGAUGAGAAACGACUUGCUCAGUGGUAAGAGAGCAAUAACGGCUAUGGUAUACGCGACGUGAGAGGAGUAUUGAAGAUGUGAAGUGGGCUCCAUGCGAAGGAGGCUACGAAAAUGCCGAGUGUGUUGCUUGUCUCUUGGUACAGAACAGAGAUACAUGGUGUAUUAAAACGUUAAUCUCCUUCCUCCUUCGAAGGGAGAGUCACUACCGGUUAUAGCGAUUGUGUUCACUGGGAGUUUAGUUGAGUGAUUUUUUUUUUUUAAUGGAAACAAUUUGUUUGGUUUCUGUGUUAUCGGUGAUUGUCAGCUGGAUGAUUUUGGGGGGAUGGGUGAUAGUGCAAGGGGAUUGUUGGGUGAAAAAUAUAGAGGGGUAGGUGAGGAUUCGUGAUAAUUAGGUGAAAAGAUGAUAGUGGAGUUUCGGACGUCGAAAUGUCGAGUCUGGCUAGAAGGCGACAAACGAGCUCAUUGUUUGGGUCCAAGAGGUGGUGGACACCUGGAUGUUGGGCGACCAGGGGACAUCAGGAGGCCUAUCUCAGGAAGCUCUAUGGGAGGAAGAAUACGGAAGGGAAUUUCAAUGCGGCGCUUGAUCUUGGGGAGACGAAUUGGCAGACAAACGUGAGUGGAAGUGUUUAUGAACAUCCGGUGGAUACUGGACACUAUCUGGAUGAGUUUCUGAAGGGCAGACGGGUUGAGGAAGCCAGUGGAAGACCUGCUUUACCCAGUCCCAGCCCGACGGAGAAGUGUGUCGAAUUUUUGACUGGAUCCAGGGCCUGCGGUGACUUUCGUCAUGGAUUUGAUGAUGAUCAGGGAAGGGGACGAGCCAUUGAAAUCACUGAACAUAAUUUGGAUAGCCUGCUGCAUUCUAACUAUCGGGAUGAAAAGGUGUGCAGGAGCUGCAGGUGUCCCAGGGAGGAUCACCAUCGGCCAAGUAUCGAGGCAGCAUCGGGCCUUGGCCUCUCCCCGGCAUCACCAAUGGCUAUGGCUAUGGCAUUCCAGGGGCCCUCCGCCCCUGGAGCGGGGGGUCAACAUCAGGAGGCGUUCAAGAGUCCUGUACAGCCUCCGCAACUCCAGGAACCACUUGUACAUCAUCAGCGACUAUCCCAGAGCGAUGAUGACAGUGGUUGUGCACUCGAGGAGUAUACCUGGGUUCCACCUGGAUUGAGGCCUGAUCAGGUUCACCUGUACUUCAGCUCCCUACCCGAGGACAAGAUACCGUACGUUGGUAGUGCGGGUGAGCGUGAGCGAGUGAAACAGCUGCUCCAACAGUUACCACCGCACGACAAUGAGGCAAGAUAUUGCAGUGGUCUUGCUGAGGAGGAGAAGCGUGAGCUUCGUGUAUUUGCAGCGCAGAGAAAACGUGAAGCACUUGGUAGAGGACACGCGAGUCAACUUGAACGACCUCAUGGCAGUGGUUGUAGAGAAUGUGGUAGGCCAAUUGCUGCUGGUGAAAUGGCUGUUGGUGCGAGUAGAGCUGGACCGACAGCCCUAUGGCAUCCCGCUUGUUUUGUUUGCUGUGUUUGUCGGCAAUUAUUGGUUGAUCUCAUCUACUUCUGGAGAGAGGGUAGAUUGUACUGUGGAAGACAUCAUGCAGAGACCCUCAAGCCAAGAUGCUGCGCUUGCGAUGAGAUUAUCCUUGCUGAUGAGUGCACAGAGGCGGAAGGAAGGGCUUGGCACAUGAGGCAUUUCGCGUGCCUCGAGUGUGACAGACAGCUCGGCGGUCAAAGGUAUGUGAUGCGUGAGGGUCGUCCCUACUGUCUCCACUGUUUCGACGCCUCAUUCGCCGAGUACUGUGACAGCUGCGGUGAACCCAUUGGCGUUGAUCAGGGUCAGAUGUCUCACGAGGGUCAGCACUGGCACGCUACUGAGGCUUGCUUCGCCUGUGCCACCUGCCGUACAUCGUUAUUGGGGAGGCCUUUCUUGCCACGAAGAGGAGCUAUAUAUUGCAGCAUCGCCUGCAGCAAAGGUGAACCGCCCACAACACCCAGUGACUCGUCCGCUGGACCUCCACCACCGCCUCCCGCCUUUCCGAGACAAGCGCGGAAGGCUCCGCCGACAAGCGAAGGCUCGUCGAGCCCCCCACCCCCACCCACCACGAGGCAUCAUACUCUCCACGCGCCAGGAUCGGCGAGGAACUCUCCAAGACUGACACGGAAGCACUAUCAAGCUUCAGUUUCUCUGGCAACAACUCCGACUCAAGUGAACGUUGGAGAUUUCGGGAGUGAGGGUCUCCCAUCAGCCGGGUCACGACCUGGUGGUCUAGACCGCGUUAUACUUGAAAGAAAUCUCGAGAGGUUGCUGCAGGAGCGCACUCCCCACCCCGAAGAAGCCCCUACCGAGUUUGGAAGACUGAUGCAAGCCCGAGAUAGAGAGCCCCUCCGAUGUGUCCCCAACUGUCCACCGACCCAUGCCUCCAGCAUGCCAGAGUUACCACCCCCAGUCCAUUUAGCUGGUCAUUCUACUCUACCAUCUCAAACCUCAAACGUAACUGAUGUGCCAACGGACACAACAGAUCUCUGUGGCAAUCCAACCAUGAUAGACCCUCCAACACCCACAUCGAGACGUGUGAGGUUUCAGGGUGAUGAUCACCACGGAAUUUCAGCAUCUGCUGCCCCAUUGCCUGCAACUCCUGGUACACCUCCAUCACCCUCACGUUCUCAAGUACCGAGAUCCAGAAGUUUACAGCCUGAUGAAGUUGCUAGUACAUCUUGGGGGAGCGUAGGCUCUAGAACUCGAAACGAGGACGAAGAGAGUUGCUGUUCAACCUGCAGUUCCUCCAGUAGUUCAGACGAGGCCGCCGCCUAUUCACUGCCCCCACGACGAGCCUACGGUGGUGUGAGGAUAUCCUAUGUGCCCAAUGACGCUGUUGCCUGUGCCAGACGACGUGGACCCACCGCAGCCACAUCGCAAUCGCAAAAAGACGCUGAAAAAUGCGUCAUAUCCUGAUCAUUGACAUUUGUACCAUUGGCAGGAUGAGAGAGGCGAUUGAAAAACGAAUGGAGAAAUGAAGAAAAUAUUAUUCUUCCAAAAAGGAGAGCAUUGUUUUUUGUGUACCUCGAGCUGUACAUAAUGCAACUCAGUUAAAUUCGUACUAAAGUACGGUGUAAUUAAUAUUAUUAGAAUAAUUGAUACCUCUUUUUGUAAAUAUCGAAAACAUAUCGCAGUCUGGAAUGUAAUAAACACGAUGAAAAAUUU